AUGGACAAAAGCGACCUUCUAGGCCAAUGCAUCGACGUAUUGGGAAGCCAGCCUCACGAAAUCCGAGAAAACGAGUCCUGCCACGAAAUCAACAUAAAUUUGCCUGAUUUGCCUGAAUGUAAUAGAAAAAUGCUUAUAGAAUCAAGAAGAAAUUUAGUAUCCAUUUUAAAAUCAAUUCCCAUGAAUUUUUUUUUUUUUAAAAAUAAAACCUUAUUAAUUGUACACAAGAAUAAUAAUUUACAGCCAGUGCAAAAGUAUUAGGGCACAAACAGAUGAGCAAAAGAAAAACUGCCUGAGGUUUAUUUCGAAAGCCAAUGAAGGAAUAAGUUUUGGGAAUGUUGAGUUGAAUUAUGAUUCCGGAGAAUUUCGAUAUAAAACAAGCCAAGCUUUUCCUGGGGUCAGAGACGCAAGGCCAGUAAUAGCAUUUAUGCUUGAGCAGCAAAACAUAAAUUUCCAAAGGCUAGUUGAAGUACUCCCAAGGAUGCUUACAGGAGAAAUCGAUUUUGCAAAUGCAGCACAGCAUGUGACAAAUCUCCAGUAA